AUGUCUGGACUUGACGUAGAGGCUCUCCUUGAGUCUACUGCGGCCGCCCCCAUCGAGGCCCCCGUCGAGGCCCCCGCCACUUCGGAUUCCCGCGCGGACCCCACCGAGCGCCGUGAUCGUUCCCGCGACAGACGUCGUCGCCGCGACCACAGCCGUGACCGCCGCCCUGACCGUGACCUUCAGGGAGACGAAGUCGCCAAGAGCGACACUGUUAGUGCUAAUGGAAGCCUUAGAAGCCGAAAGAGGAGCAAGAGUCGCGAAUCUGAGAGACGCCGUUCUCGCCGUGACCGUGACGGCUACCGCUCCAACGGUGACUUCUACCGUGGUGGAGGUCGCGUUCGUUCCCGCUCCCGUUCUCCCUAUGACGAUCGCCACUACCGGCCCAAUCGCCGCCAGCGUGAGGAAGAACGACGCCCCCGCCGUGAUGCUGAUGUUCGCCGUGGAUCCGCCGCCAGCCGCAAGUCUCCAGAACUGAACGAGGAUGAACGUGACAGUCGCACUGUCUUUGUGCAGCAACUUGCUGCCCGCCUGAGAAUCAAGGAUUUGAUUGCCUUCUUUGAAAAGGCCGGCCCCGUUAAGGAUGCUCAAAUCGUCCGGGAUCGUGUUAACGGUCGCUCCAAAGGUGUCGGUUAUGUCGAGUUCAAAAACGAGGAGUCUGUCUCCGCCGCCAUCCGACUCACCGGCCAGAUGCUCGCAGGAAUUCCCGUCAUUGCCCAACUGACUGAAGCGGAAAAGAACCGCCAGGCAGCCCGAAACCCGGAGGCUCCAGCAGGAAACCACCACACCGCACCCUUCCACAGACUUUAUGUCGGUAAUGUUCACUUCAGCAUUACCGAGAAGGAUAUCACCAAUGUCUUCGAACCAUUUGGCGACCUCGAGUUCGUUCAGCUGCAAACGGACGAGAGUGGUAGAAGCAAGGGAUAUGCAUUCGUUCAAUUUGCCCACCCCGAUCAAGCUCGGAACGCUUUGGAAAAGAUGAACGGCUUUGACCUUGCUGGACGAAAUAUUCGGGUUGGUCUCGGCAAUGAUAAGUUCACCCCCGACUCGCACGCCAAUCGCGCCUCAGGUGCUUCUACAAACUUCCAGGGUUCUUCGUUCUCCGGCCAGGGAGGUCGUGGCGUUCAAGCCGGAGGCUCCAACAACUUUGACCGUGCUGGCGGCAGAGAAACUGAAAAGGGUGCCGGUGCUAGUGCACUUGACGACACAGAUGUUGCUGGCGUAAACUUCAACAACUACUCUAGGGAUGCUUUGAUGAGAAAGCUUGCACGAACCGACGAACCCCAGUCUUCUGUUGACGACCGUCAGAAAUUCCUCCGACCCAAGACCGAAACUAAGCCGCUUCCCAUCAAUGUCAACAUGGCUAGUCGCUGUGUUUUGCUGCGCAACAUGUUUGACCCCGCGCUAGAGCACAGUCCAACCUGGGUCAAGGACCUCGAAGAGGACGUCCGAACGGAGUGUGAGAAGAAAUACGGCCACGUUGUUCACAUUUCACUAGAUCCCAAUUCCGUCGGAGAUAUCUAUCUGAAGUUCGACCGCGUCCAAGGUGGCGAGAACGCCAUCAAGGGCCUCAAUGGUCGAUACUUCGGUGGAAAGAUGUGCACCGCCCAACCCGUCGUGGAUGCAGUUUACAGCAGUCUUUUCUCUCGAACUAGGGCCAUCUAA